AUGAAACUAGAUGACUGCUUUUUCGAUCAUUGUGGUGAUAGUGACCAAUUCUCUUUGGAAGUACAACCGCCAUCUCAUUCGUCUCCAGCUAACAUCACCCAUAUACAUCGUACAUCAUCUUCUCCGUCACCACUGGGAUCAUCGUUUUCAGAAGGCACCUUGGAUGAAAUAUCUGCUGGUAUUAAAAAUGAUUGUUGCCAAGGUUUGAAAUUGGAUCUGUGUGAACAGCAACAUCAUCAAGAAGCCUCAAGAACGGUUCAUAGAGAUAGUCUUUGUCAAGAUCAAGAGAAUAAGAAGCAACUCUUUGAAAGUCUUAUCAAAAAUUUAGACUUUGAAACUUCAAUGGAACUUGGAACUAUCCCUGAGGAAGCAAUAUCAGAGGGCAAUAUGCCUUCAUUAAAACGUCAAAAAUUAACUAUUAAUGGUGCUAAUGUUGAUAACAAUAUUGACAUUCAUUUCCCUCAUAUCUGUCAUCAACAUACAGGCGCUAAUCUUCAUCAAUCUUGCUUUCAUACAACAAUACCCACUGUGGGACGAAAUCAAGAUUCAUACACCAAUACCACCAAUACCACCAAUAAUACGAAUAAUCCUGCCACUAAUAAUGUCGACUACGACUUCGUAAUCCAGUUCAAUAACUUUGAUAGGCUGGGACAUAACCAAAAACGUCUUGAAGACAUACCUUCUGACCGAACUCAAUUGACUCCUGAAAAGAAAUAUUCCUGUCGAUGGGACAACUGCUCAAGAUCUCUUUCUGAUGCUACUUUCAUGGAUCAUCUUCUUGGUCAUCACAUCGAGCAAGAAUAUACAGAGAAACCAUAUAACAGCUUUUCUACUGCUGAAAUGAAUUCAAUAGCUAAUUCAUUGAAUAGCGAAGAUAUUUCCAUCAACCCUUCCACUGCUCCAUCUAAAUUAUACCAGUGUGAAUGGAACAAUUGUAAUUUUGCAGAUGGCGAAUUGAAUGGGUUGAUCAACCAUGUAUUGGAGCAUAAGGAAGGCAUAGAUGCAUUACAGUAUAAUAAAAAUAAAGAUGAUAUCAAGUUGGAGAAACAAGAUAGCAGUUCUGCAAAUAAUAAUACUUGGGUUGAUCUUACUCCAUCAUCUACUGAUUUAUCACCAGAUACAACUGCAUCAUACCAGCUGCAGCCGCAACUGCAACUGCUCUCGUCUUCUAUUACACUGCUGCAACCUAUUCUCGUGGCCGAUCAAAUCAACAUCACUGAUUUCAAGCUUUUUCCUAAAGAAAACAAACAAUAUUGUACCAGGAAACCCAUUGAUCCUACGUACACUUGUAAGUGGCAAAUAGGAGUUGAUCCGACGAGUGGGAACCCCAUUGAGUGCAACCAAGCACACGACUCAGCCGGUAGUCUUCAGGAGCACUUGAUCAGCGAGCACAUUGGAGGAGGAAAGAGUCAAUAUAAUUGUGGAUGGGUUGGCUGUGAAAGACAUGGAGGUAAAUCAUUCACCCAACGACAGAAACUCUUGAGACACAUAUAUAUCCAUACUGGUUAUAAACCAUGUAAAUGUCCCAUAUGUGGGGUUUCCUUUGCUGUGGAGGUUCUUUUGACUCAACAUAUGAGAAUCCAUUCUGGUGAAAAACCCUAUGAGUGUCACACUUGUGGUAAGAGGUUUGCAACCUCAUCCUCACUUUCUAUACACAACCGAGUUCACUCAGACAAUAGACCGUUGGUUUGUCCUUAUCCUGGCUGUGGCAAACGGUUUAGAGAAAGCACCAACUUGACAAAGCACCGAAGAACUCAUGAACGCCUGGUGAGUUGCACCAUCUGCCACGAGACAUUUACCAAGAAGAGUCAGUUGAAGAAACACAUGAAUGAAUGCCAUAAGGGAAUAGAACCAAUGUUUGCUGCAGAACAUGUUCUAGAGACGUGA